AUGUCACCCCCGGGGUUUAUGGUCGGCCUGGUGACGGCGGUGCGUCAGGGCUGGGCCGGCCACCGUGGAGCGGUUGGUGCAGCAGGGGGCGUGUGCUGUGAUUCUGGAUCUUCCCUCUUCAGACGGACACAACCUUGCAGCCAAGCCUCGGAGAACGCUGCGCCUUCGCCCCCGCUGACGUGAGUCUGACCUUUAAACCCCUAACCAAUGUUCACUCUUAAGUUGCGCACCUCCUCCAGGAAUCAACAUAUAUCAGCCCCUUUCAAUGCAACAAACCAAAACAAAUCUAACUUUACAAGAUUGAGUCUGGUAUUGUGUUGUAGGCAGAGCCAGAGCGCAACAGAGUAUCAUUCUAUUGACGGGGGGGGGGAAAGGUCCACGAGCGGUCUUUCAAUCACUCAUGAGUGAAUGCGCUUUCAGAUCAGUUCGGAGCCGCGCGUGUGCACAUUCGUUGAUAGUCUUUACUAGUUAGUGAGUUAUUAGCCCAAUUAUACUGUAGAUAAGUAUAGGUCAGCAAUGGGGAGUUACUGUUUCCUACAAGAGAACAAAACGUGUAGGCUGCAUUUCAAGCUGUCUUUGAAAAGCCAGUCAGGUAAAAUGCUUAUGUCUUAAUUAAAGGGCAGUGUUUGUGUUUUGAUUAUGGCUGAAUAUGCAAAUAAGCCAAUAGGCAGAGGGGUUAGCCUACAUGGUCUAAUUCUCUGUAUGGUAAUAAUUAACUUUAUUUUGUAAAGUUGUUUCUUGCAUCAUACAGUCAGCUAUUUGGCCCCUGCUGUUACAGACCAAGUAAAAAGCGUUAAUUAAUGUCAAGCCCUUCAUCAUUUUAAGAAGUCUCAUGCAAUAUAGGCCUGCACUGAACACCACAUAUAGGCUACUGUCGGCUAGAUCAUAGAAAUCAAAAGCUAUUUCCAUGUGAAAAUGUUAUGGGAUUUGCUCCAUUGGUUUGGUUGGUAGGCGUACAUUAUGCUCAGAUAGCCACAAUAACCUGUUGGCUACUGUCUAAAACUGUCAGGGUACAGCCUGUUGGCUACUGUCAGGAUACAGCCUGUUGGCUACUGUCUAAAACUGUCAGGAUACAGCCUGUUGGCUACUGUCUAAAACUGUCAGGAUACAGCCUGUUGGCUACUGUCUAAAACUGUCAGGGUACAGCCUGUUGGCUACUGUCUAAAACUGUCAGGAUACAGCCUGUUGGCUACUGUCAAAACUGUCAGGGUACAGCCUGUUGGCUACUGUCUAAAACUUUUGUUCAGGAUGACAGCCUGUUGGCUACUGUCUAAAACUGUCAGGGUACAGCCCGUUGGCUACUGUCUAAAACUGUCGGAUACACCGUUGGCACUUCUCAACUUCGGGGGUAUUCUGUUGGCUACGUUAAACUGUCAGGGUACGCCUUUUGGUACUGUCUAAACGUCGGUACGCCUGUUGGCUAUGUUAAAAACUGCAGGAUCACCUUUGGUAUGUAAAAAAUUUUGUCAGGUUUAAAAGCCUUUUGGGCAUGUCAAAAACUGUAGGAUACAGCCUUUUGGGCUACUGUAAAAACUGUCGGAUACCCCUGUUGGCUACGUCUAAAAACUGUAAAGGGUUUAGACUCAGUGUUCCUGGAAAAACGUCGCUGGAAGUUGCAAAAAAAACCCCACAAGUUAAGUUUCCGCUCACAAUUUUAAAAUUUGCUAGCCCCAAAAAUUAGAGGGAACAUUGCUCCAACCCAAAUUUGUCUAACCCUAGCCCCGCCAAACCCUGUAACCCCAGCCCCGUCAUAACCCUAGCCCUGUCAAAAACCUACUCUGUCAUAACCCAGUCUGUAUAACCCUAGCCCGUAUAACCCAGCCCUGUCAAACCCUAGCCCCGUCAUAACCCUAGCUUUGUCAUAACCCCUUAUACCCUAGCCCUGUCAUAAACCCAAACCCUGUCAAAAACCUAGCCCUGUCUAACCCCCAGCCCGUCAAACCCUGCCCGUCAUAACCCCAGCCCCGCCAUAACCCUAGCCCCCGUCAUAACCCGUUAACCCUACCCUGUCAUAAACCCUACCCUGUCAUAACCCCCCGCCCCUUUAUAACCCACCCUGUCAUAACCCUACCCUUCAAAACCCCAGCCCCGUCAAACCUAGCCCUGCCUAACACUAGCCCCGUUAAACCCCAGCCUGUCAUAAAAACCCAGCCCGUCAUAACCCUAGCUCUGUCAUAAAAAACCCAGCCCCGUCUAACCCCCGGCCCGUCAAACCCCGGCCCUCCCAAACCCUGCCCCCGCCCUAACCCAGCCCUUCAUAACCUAGCCCUGUCUAACCCCGCCCUGUUUAAACCCCAGCCCUGCCAUAACCCUGGCCCUGUCAAAAACCCGUCAUAACCCCAGCCCUGUCUAACCCUAGCUCUGUCAUAACCCUGUCAUAACCCUCCCCCCUUUAUAACCCUAGCCUGUCAAACCUAGCCCUGCCAAACCCUGCCCUGUCAUAACCCCACUCUUCAUAAACCUGCCCCGUCAUAAACCCCACCCUGUCAUAAACCCCGCCCCGUCAUAACCCCAGCCCGUCAAAACCCAGCUCAACCCAAAUCUUUCUCUCCCCUACUCUUUACCCCUACUUGUACCUUUACCCCCCUACCUUUACCCUUUUACCCCCUAUUUUAAUUUUUCCCCCAAAACUUUAAACCCUUUUACCCCCUGCUUUUACCCCCUACUCUUUACCUUUUUCCCCUUUUCUUUACCCCCCCACUCUUUACCUUUUUCCCCCACUCUUACCUUUUUACCCCUACUCUUGACCUUUUAACCCCCCACUCUUUACAUUUUUUCCCCCCCCACUCUUUACCUUUUAACCCCCCCCUCUUUACCCCCUAUUUUUUACCCCUUUUCCCCCUGCUUUUAAACCCCCCCCUUUCCCCCCUUUUCCCCCCCUUUUUUAAUCUUUACCCCCCCCCCCCCCUCCCCCCCCUUUCCCAUUUUCCCCCCCCCUUAACCCCCCCCGCUCUUUACCCCCCCACUCUUUACCCCCUUUUACUUUCCCCCCUACUCUUUUCCUUUUUUCCCCCACUCUUUUCCCCCUAUAUUUUUCCCCCCCGCUCUUUAAACCCUCCUUUUCCCCCCGCUUUUUUACCCCCCCCUGGGUCUUUACCCCCUGCCCCCCUUACCCCCCGCUCUUUAAACCCCCCCACUCUUUCCCCCUGCUCUUUCCCCCUACUCUUUACCUUUUACCCCCCUACUCUUUACCCCCUAAAUCUUUACCCUUUUUCCCCCCCGCUCUUUUAAAACCCCCCCCUUUUUUUACCCCCCACUCUUUACCCCCCGCCCUUUUUACCCCCCCCCCUUUAACCCCCCACUCUUUUACCCCCCCCUCUUUACCCUUUUUCCCCCCCGCUCUUUAAACCCCCCUUUCCUUACCCCCCCGCUCUUUACCCCCAUCUUACCUUUUUUUAAAACCCCCGCCCCUUUUUCCAACCUAUUUUACCCCUAAUUUUAAAAACCCCCCUCUUUUAACCCCCCGCCCCUUUUCCUUUACCCCCCACUCUUUACCCCCCCGCUCUUUUUUCCCCCCGCUCUUUAACCCCUGCUCUUUUCCCCCCCGCUCUUUUAAACCCCCCAAUCUUUAAACCCCCCGCUCUUUUUCCUUUUAACCCCUGUCUUUUUCCCCCUAAUCUUUCCCCCCGCUUUCCUUUUAACCCCCCCCUUUUUAAACCCGCUCUUUACCCCCCCUGCUCCUUUUAAAAAACCCCAUCUUUUCCCCCCACUUCUUUAACCCCCAUCUUUUAAACCCCCCGCCUUUACCUUUUACCCCCCGGGUCCCUUUAACCCCCACUCCCCCCACCCCCUUUCUUUAAAAACCCCCGGGUCUUUACCUUUUUCCCCUUUGCUUUUUUAAAACCCCCCCCUUUAAACCCCCCGUCUUUACCCCCCGCUCUUUUAACCCCCCUACUCAUUUUUACUUUACCCCCCAUUUUUUAAACCCCCUUUCUCUUUUACCCUUUUUUUCCCCCUACUUUUACCUUUUAACCCCCGCCCCUUUUCCUUUUUCCCCCUACUCUUUAAAACCCCCUACUCUUUAACCCCUGCUCUUUAAACCCCUGCUCUUUUCCCCCUUUCUCUUUAAACCCCCCUCCUUUCCCCCCACUCUUUUACCUUUACCCCCCGCUCUUUUAAAACCCCCACUCUUUACCCCCCUACUCUUUAACCCCUACUCUUUACCCCCACCUUUUUCCUUUUUAACCCCCCGUCUUUAAACCCCCUUUUUCCCCCUUUAACCCCCCACUCUUUUUUCCCUUUUUCCCCCUUUUCUUUAACAAAUCCCCAAUUUUCCCCCUACUCUUACCCCUUCUUUUUAAACCCCCCGCUUUUACCCCCCACUCUUACCUUUUUCCCCCUACUCUUACCCCCCGCUAUUUACCCUUUUAAACCCCCGCUUUUUUAAACCCCCCCAAAUCUUUUUCCCCCUGCUCUUUAACCCCCCGCUCCCUUUUCCCCCCCACUCUUUACCCUUUUCCCCUGUCUUUAAAAACCCCGUCUUUAAACCCCCCACUCUUUCCCCCUACCUUUUUCCCCCUGCUUUUACCUUUUAACCCCCCGCCUUUUUCCCCCCGCUCUUUUCCCCCCACUCUUUACCCCCCGCCCCUGUACUCUUUAAACCCCCCCCUCUUUACCCCCCCCGGGUAUUUACCCCUUUUAAAAACCCCCGCUCUUUUCCCCCUGCUCUUUAACCCCCCCGCCUUUAAACCCCCCUUUUUUUACCUUUUUAAACCCCUACUCGGGACCCCCCCCUCUUUACCUUUAAAACCCCCCACUCUUUAACCCCCCCUCUUUAACCUUUUUUCCCCCCAAAUCUGUACCCCCCUAAUCUUUUUACCCCCCCGCCUGUACUCUGUACCCCUAAUCUUACCCCCUUUUUUAAAAACCCACCUGUUAAAACCCCCAUCUUUUUCCCCCUGCCUGUUACUCGUAAACCCCUACCCCUUUUAACCCCCCCCGCUCUGUAACCCUUUUCCCCCCCACUCUUUCCUUUUACCCCUACUCGGUUUCCCCUUUACCCCCUCUCUGUACUUUUUACCCCUACUCUGUGUCUUAACCCCCCACUCUGUACUCUUUCCCCCCCACUCUUGGCCCCUUUACCCCCCAUCUGUACUCUUUUUCCCCCCACUCGGGACCCCUUUAAACCCCCCACCGGGACUCUUUUCCCCACUCGGUAAAUCUUUUAAACCCCCCAAUCUGUACUCUUUACCCCCUACCGUUUUCCCCUUUUUCCCCCCCCGGGUCUGUACUCUUUAACCCCCGCUUUGUUUCUCUUUACCCCUUUGUUUUUUUUUUUAAACCCCCCCCACCGUACUCUUUACCCCCUAAAUCUGUUUCCCCUUUUUCCCCCUAUCUGUACUCUUUAAACCCCCCCACUUUGUAAUUUUUUACCCCCAAAUGGUCCCUUUUCCCCCUACCCGUCCCCGUACCCCCGGCCCUUUUCCCCCUGCUCUUUUUCCCCCUCCCCUUUUAACCCCCCGUUCUUUACCCCUUAUUCUUCCCCCCCCCCCCUCUGUACUCCCUUUCCCCCUUUCUCUACCCGUUUAUCCUACUCUGUACCCCCUACUCUUUACCCCCCCAAUCGGUACUCUUUACCCCCACUCCCGGGACCUUUUCCCCCCACCGGUUUCUUUUACCCCCCCGUUUUGUACCUUUUUCCCCCCCUACCCGGGACUUCUUUUUUAAACCCCCACCGGUACUCCCUUUUUUCCCCCCAAAUCGGGAAUCUUACCCCAUACUCUGUACCUUUACCCCCUCCCCUGGAAAUUUUAAAAACCCCCCAAAUCUGUUUUCUUUUUAACCCCCCCCUUCGGGACUCUUUUACCCCCCACUCGUACUCUUUUUCCCCCUAAUUUUGUACUCUUUACCCCCUACUCUGUACUCUUUACCCCCUACUCUGUACUCUUUACCCCCUACUCGGUACUCUUUACCCCCUACUCUGUUACUCUGUACCCCCUGCUCUUUUCCCCCCUUUUCCCCCACCUUUUUAAAAACCUUUUUCCCCCUUUAAACCCCUUUUUUCCCCCCCCCCCACUCUGUACCCCCCCUGCCCCCAAAUUUUAAAUGUUUUUUUCCCUACUCCCGUACCCCCCCACCCUUUAAAACCCCCACCCCGGGGACUCUUUUCCCCCCCACCGGUACUCUUUACCCCCCCCGGUACUCUUUAACCCCCAUGGGCUCUUUACCCCCUUUUCCGUAUCUUUACCCCCCCACUCUGUACUCCCCUUUUCCCCUAAUCUUUUUCCCCCACUCUUUUAAACCCCCCCUUUUCUCAAACCCCCCCCCCCCACCGACCAAAAACCCCCACCCGGGGGGCCACCCCCAACCGGACCACCCCCCCCACCACCCCAAAGGGGGAACCGACCCCCCACCAAAACCCCCCCCGGGGGGCCAAACCCCCACCGGGGGCCCCCCCUUUUUAAACCCCCACUCUGUACUCUUUAAACCCCCCAAAUCUUUUUCCCCCUACUCUGUACUCUUUUUCCCCCCACUCUUUUACCCCCCCACUGUUUCUCUGUACCCCCACUCUUUUCCCCCAACCCUUUAAACCCCCCACCCCGGUUUUCUUUAAACCCCCCAAAUUUUACUCUUUUAACCCCCUUUCUUUUUUAAAACCCCCUACUUUUGUUUCUUUACCCCCCACCUUACCCCAAUCUUACUCUUUACCCCCUUCCUUUAAAAAAACCCACUUUUACUCUUUUCCCCCUACUCUUUCCCCUACUCUGUAUCUGUACCCCCCCUUUUAAACCCCCACCCGGCCCCACCCCCCCCCACUUGGGACCUUUUUCCCCCUACUCGGACUUUACCCCCCCACUCGGUAAUCUUUCCCCCCCAAUCGGUAACCUUUUCCCCAAAACCGGGAAAUCUUUACCCCCCUUUCCCCGGUUUCUCUGUUUCCCCCUACUCGGGACUCCCUUUAAACCCCCACUCGGGACUCUUUACCCCUAAAUCGGUACUCUUUAAAACCCCCCACUGGUUUCCCUUUUACCCCCCCCCUCUGACUCUUUUAACCCCCCCACUCGGGAACCCUUUUCCCCCCCCCCCCCCGGGCUCUUAACCCCCUAAUCGGAACUUUUCCCCUAAUCGGUACCUUUUUCCCCCUACUCUGUACUCUUUUCCCCACCACCUUUUCCCCCAACCCGGGACCAACCCCCAAACCCGGGAAUCUUUUUCCCCCCUUUCCUGUACCCCUUUAACCCCCCCCGAACCGGGGGGCCAAACCCCCAACCCCGGGGGAAGCCAAACCCCCACCUGGACAGGGACCCCCAACCGGGACCCGGGAACCCCCCCCCCACCCCCCGACCUUUUCCCACCCCCACCGGGACCACCCCCCCAACCGGGGGGCCUUUUCCCCCCCUCGGGGACCCUUACCCCCACCCGGAACCUUUAAACCCCUACCUGGACCUUUACCCCCCAAAAACCCCUUUUUCCCCCCCACUUCUUCUCUUUACCCCCUACUCUGGACCCUUUUUCCCCCCCACCCUUUUACCUUUAAACCCCCCACCCCCUUUACCCCCCCCUCGGGACUCUUUCCCCCUAACCCCCUUUCACCCCAACCCGGUACGCUUACCCCCCACCUUUUAACCUUUAACCCCCAACCCCGGGAAACCCUUUAACCCCCACAAGGGGGGCCUUUACCCCGAAAGGGGACCCCCUCUCGGGACUCUUUAACCCCCCACUCUUUUAAGAACCCCCCUUUAAGCUUUUUCCCCUCUUCUUGGGACUCUGUAACCCCCCACUCUUUUAAAACCCCCCCCUCGACCUUUAAAACCCCCACCGGGGGCCCCCCACCGGGGGGGGAAACCCCACCUUUUCCCCCUACCGGGGCCCCCCCCUACCCCCCCACUCAUUAAAACCCCCCCCGACCACCCCUCCCGGGGGUCUUACCCCCUACUCUUUAACCCCCCCACUGGACUUUUACCCCCACCCCUUACCCCCUACCCCGGACCUUUACCCCCCACCUUUAACCCCAAAACCCGGGGGCUCUUUUUAAAACCCCACUCUUUUCCCCCCCUUUCUCUGUUUCUCUUUACCCCCCCACCCUUAUUUUAACCCCCCAUCGGUACUCUUUUACCCCCUAAAUCGGGACCCCUUUACCCCUACUCGGUACUCUUUCCCCUACUCGUACUCUUUUUACCCCCCUUUCUCGGUACUCUUUACCCCCCAAACCCCCUUUUCUUUAAAACCCCCACUCCGGUUUUCUUUAAAACCCCCCACUCGGUUUUUUCCCCCUUUUACCCCCACUCGGGGACCCUUUACCCCCACCCGGGACUCUUUUUACCCCAAAUCAUUUUCUCUUUACCCCCAUCGGUAAAUCUUUACCCCCUAUCGGUACUUUUUACCCCCCCCACCGGGACCUUUUUCCCCCACUUUGGGAUCUUUAAAUCCCCUACUGGAAAACCUUUAAACCCCACCUUUUCUUUACCCCCACCGGGACCCUUUUCCCCCACCGGGACCACCCCCACCCGGGAACCCAAAAACCCCCAACCCCACCGCCUUUAAACCCCCAACGGGGGGCACCCCACCGGGGGGCCCAAACCCCCCCCCCGGACCAAACCCCCAAAACCCGGGGGUCACCCCCAAACCCGGACCUUUCCCCCCCAACCGGGGGCCCACCCCCCAAAAGGGGGGCCAAACCCCCCCUGGAAAAUCACCCCCACCCCCAAACCGGGACCCCCCCCCCUGUACUCUUUCCCCCUAACCGGGAAUCUUACCCCCUACUCGGGCUCUUUUAAACCCCCACUCUGGGACGCAACCCAAACUCGGGGCCGGGGUUUCCCCACCGGGACCACCCCCCACCCCCCACCGGGGGGCCACCCCCAAACCGGACCACCCCCACCGGGGGGCCCUUAAAAACCCCCCCAACCGGGGGGCCAAACCCCCCACCCGAACCACCCCAACCACCAAAACCCCCACUCGGGGGGCCCAAACCCCCCACCGGGACCACCCCCACGGGGGGGACCAAAAUUUCCCCCAGGGGGAAAACCAACCCCCCCGGGCCCCCCCAAAUCUGAACCUUUUCCCCCAACCUGGGGGGAAACCCCCCCGACCUUUCCCUUUUCCCCCUACUUUGAAUCGUUUCCCCACCUGGAACCUUUUCCCCCUACUCCUUUUAAUUUACCCCCGGACCUUUAAAUCGGUAAUCUUUAACCCCCCAAUUUUAAAUCGUCCUUUUAGGAGUACUUGCUCAGUUUUGGGGGGCUUUUAAAACCCCGGGCCCCCCUGGGGUCCUGGUUACCUAGGUAACGUCAGAGGCAGAUGUGCGUUCUGCGGUGGAGCUGGCCCGGCAGCGGUUUGGGAAGCUGGACCUGGCGGUGAACUGUGCUGGCAUCGCCGUUGCCGUCAAGACUUAUAACUUCAAAAAGGAUGUUCCCCACAGUCUAGAAGACUUCACUAGAGUCAUCACUGUAAGACACUGCCUACUGCACCUACUAGUUAGACUGGUUAUUAAAACAUGAUGUAGUAUACACUGCAUGGCCAAAAGGAUGUGGACACCUGCUCGUCCAACAUCUCAUUCCAAAAUCAUGGCCAUUAAUAUGGAGUUGGUCCCCCCUUUGCUGCUAUAACAACCUCCACUCUUCUGGGAAGGCUUUCCACUAGAUGUUGGAACAUUGCUGCGGGGACUUGCUUCCAUUCAGCCACAGGAGCAUUAGGGAGGUCGGGCACUGAUGUUGGGUGAUUAGGCCUGGCUCGCAGUCGGCGUUCCAAUUCAUCCCAAAGGUGUUUUAUGGGGUUGAAGUCAGGGCUCUGUGCAGGCCAGUCAAGUUCUACCACACCGAUCUCGACAAUCCGUUUCUGUAUGGAUCUCACUUUGUGCACGGGGGCAUUGUCAUGCUGAAACAGGAAAAGGCCUUCCCCAGACUGUUGCCACAAAGUUGGAAGCAUAGAAUCAUCUAGAAUGUCAUUGUAUGCUGUAGCGUUAAGACUUCCCUUCAGUGGAACUAAGGGGCCUAGCCCGAACCAUGAAAAACAGCCCCAGACAUUAUUCCUCCUCCACCAAACGUUACAGUUGGCACUAUGCAUUGGGACAGGUAGUGUUCUCCUGGCAUCUGCCAAACCCAGAUUCGUCCCUCCGACUGCCAGAUGGUGAAGUGGGAUUAAUCACUCCAGAGAACGCCUUUCCACUGCUCCAGAGACCAAUGGCGGCGAGCUUUACACCACUCCAGCCGACGCUUGGCAAUGCGCAUGGUGAUCUUAGGCUUGUGUGCGGCUGCUCGGCCAUGGAAACCCAUUUCAUGAAGCUCCCGACGAACAGUUCUUGUGCUGACGUUGCUACCAGAGGCAGUUUGGAACUCGGUAGUGAGUGUUGCAACCAAUGACAGACAAUUUUUACACGCUUCAGCACUCAGCGGGCCCGUUCUGUGAGCUUUUGUGGCCUACCACGUCGAGGCUGAGCCGUUGUUGCUUCUAGACGUUUCCACUUCACAAUAACAGCACUUACAGUUGACCGGGGCAGCUCUAGCAGGGCAGAAAUUUGACGAACUGACUUGUUGGAAAGGUGGCAUCCUAUGACGGUGCCAUGUUGAAAAUCACUGAGCUUUUCAGUAAGGCCAUUCUACUGCCAAUGUUUGUCUAUGGAGAUUGCAUAGCUGUAUGCUUGAUUUUAUACACUUGUCAGCAACUGUGUGUCUGAAAUAGACGAAUCCACUAAUUUGAAGGUGUGUCCACAUACUUUUGUAUAUAUAGUGUACAUGAAAUGUCAACAUGACACAUUCUCAGUAUGAAUGAGCACAUCUAAUUAGGGUUUGAAAUGACUGAAAUGGUUUCCAAAUACAGCAACGAUCAAAUUAUAAACGACUUACUAUAAGAUUUCACCUUUCUUAUAGCUGUAAAAUAAAUAUGAUCAUACUUAGUGACUGUAUAAUAUUGGCACUAUUUCAUAUAACUGACAAUAGAUAAUCUUCUCCUAAACGUCCACUGAGCGGCGCAGAGACACCGUGCAAAUGUGUGCAGUGAUUUCAUCAGCCUGUGUCGAAGAGAAAGUGGUCUUAGUACAAUUCUAUUAAAUUAUUUAGUAUUUUUUCAUGUUGAGAGCUCUAAAUCCUCUGAAUAUCACAGCAAGAUGAAACUAUACUGAACAAAAAUAUAAACGCAACAUGUAAACUGUAUGUCCCAUGUUUCAUGAGCUGAAAUAAAAGAACCCAGAAAUGUUCCAUACGCACAAAAAGCGUAUUUCUCUCAAAUUUUGUGCGCAAAUUUGUUUACAUCCCUGUUAGUGAGCAUUUCUCCUUUGCCAAGAUAAUCCAUCCACCUGGCAGGUGUGGCAUAUCAAGAAGCUGAUUAAACAGCAUGAUCAUUACACAGGUGCACCUUGUGCUGGGGGACAAUAAAAGGCCACUAAAAUGUGCAGUUUUGUCACAACACAAUGCCACAGAUGUCUCUAGUUUUGAGGGAGCGUGCAAUUGGCAUGUUGACUGCAGGAAAGUUGUUGCCAGAGAAUUUAAUGUGCAUUUCUCUACCAUAAGCCGCCUCCAACGUCGUUUUAGAGAAUUUUGCAGUACGUUCAACCGGCCUCACAACCGCAGACUAGGUAUAACCACGCCAGUCCAGAACAUCCACAUCCGGCUUCUUCACCUGUGGUAUCGUCUGAGACCAGCCACCCAGACAGCUGAUGGAACUGAGGAGUAUUUCUGUCUGUAAUAAAGCCAAUUUUGUGGGGAAAAACUCAUUCUGAUUGGCUGGGUCUGGCUCCCCAUUGGCUGGGCCUGGCUCCCAAGUGGGUGGGCCGAUGCCCUCCCAGACCCACCCAUGGCUGCAUCCCUGCCCAGUCAUGUGAAAUCCAUAGAUUAGGGCCUAAUGAAUUGAUUUCAAAUGACUGAUUUCCUCAUAUGAACUAACUUAGUAAAAUCGUUAAUUGUUGCAUUUUAUAUUUUUGUUCAGUAUAGUAUUGUUGCAUCCACUGGACUCUCCCGUUUUCAUAUGCGCUAUUUGAGGCGCAGCUGAGUUUCACAGACACAGAAAAUUGUUCCUUUUGUCUGGAUUGGCCAGAAAAUGUGACAUGUCACUCCCUAUGCAAAUGUGGCGUGUGAAACCAGACACUCCUCUCCAGGGGAGAGCAGACAGGUUGGCCUUCCUGACACUAUAAGACACGGGACCCUACGACGUUCACAGUCGGAACCGGUCCAGAACCGUUCAAAGCCCUCCAAAUAGGGGACUUAACAUCUAAAGCCUUGUUCACAUUGGCAGUUUGAAGAGACUCCCAAAAAAAAAAAAGCACAUGGAAUUAGAUAUUUCAAAGGACCUUCGUAGGUGGUUUGAAAGCCGAUACAAAUCUGAAUCCUUUCCAUGUGACUUGUCUGAACGGUCAAAUCUGAUUGAUUUGCCCUCAAGUGGUUUUUAUUGUCAUAUCUUGUUGCUUGCUAGCGACUCUGACAGUCUGACAAGAGGAUGUGGUAGCCAACUAGCUUGUUGAUUAGUGAAUGUGCUAGUAAGCUAAACCGCUAGCUAGUUGACUGCUGUGGCUAGACAACAAUAACUGAAAGUUGGAUCAUCUUAUCCUUUGAGGCUUUAAAAGAGUUCUAACACUAUGAUUUAGAACAUUCAAAGUAACUGGGGAACGUCCAUGGCAGGCAUUGUCACCUUAGCUGGCUGCAUAACUUCUGAGUGACGGGAAGCAGGAGCACCACCACCAAUCACCCUACCACUGCGCACACACCCGUCGUUACCAUGAGAACUAGCUUAGCCAUGCCAGCAAAUGACUGCUGUCUGAACACACACAUCUGAUUUUGUUCACUUCUAACUUGUUUGGGCAUUCUGUAUUCCACAACGGAUUUGAGAAACCAAACUGAUUUGAGCAUUAAGGCCUGCAGUGUGAACAAAGCUUUAGAGAUAUAUUUUAAAAGCAUACCCAUUUUUUAAAUUUCACAUACAAACUUUCUGGUGUUGUGAUGUGAUGCAGGUGACAUUGCGGGGACCUUCAUUGAUCCGAAUUGGCUGUUGGCUGAUAUUUGAAGAACGAACCGGACGCAGACGGACACAGAGAGGCGCAUCCAUCAAACACCGCUAGUGUAGCAGCCUAUAUAGUACAGGAGACACACCUGUACCGUACUCACAACAUGCGCAUGCUAAUCGGCCUAUAUGCCCGGUGACACAAAACCUGUACUCACAACCUUAGUCAUGCUAACAUCCUAUGAUGGACAGUAGCACAAUCACACCUUUACGAACAACGGAGCAUGCUAACAGCUAAUAUGGACAUGUAGAAAAACCCCGUACUACAACAUGAGCUUCUAAACAGUCCUAUGAUGGACGUAGACACCGGUACUAGCAACAUGACAUCUAACAUCCUAUGAUUGACAGUAGACGAACAGACCUGUAUCACACAUGAGCAUGCCUACCAGCCUAUGUGGACAGGUGAAACCCAACCUGUCCUAACAACAUGAUCAGCUAACCAACGCCUAUGAUGACAGGUAGAGCACACCUGUACUAACAACAUGAGCAUGCUAAACAGCCUAUGAUGGAACAGGUAGACAAACCCCUGUACUAACCCAAUGAGCAAUGCUAACCAGCGUUGCUAUGAAUGGACAGGUAGACACGCCGUACUAACACCAGAGCAAUUCUACGCCUAUGAUGGACAGGUAGACACACCUGUCAACAAAUACAUGCUACCGUCCUAUGAUGGACAAGGUCGACACACCUGUACUAACCAACAUGAGCAUUCUAACAGCCUAUGAAUGACAGGUAGACACACUGUACUAACAACAUUCGCUGCUAACCAGCCUAUGAUUGCAGGUAACACCCUGUACUAGCAACAGAUGAGCAUCAACAUCCUAUGAUGGACAUGUAGACACACCUGUACUAAAAACAUGAGCAUGCCUAACCACCUAUGAUGGACAGGUAGACCCCACCUGUACUAACAACCAUGAGCAUGCUAACAGCCUAUGAUGGACAGGUAGACACACCUGUACUAACAACAUGAGCAUGCUAACAGCCUAUGAUGGACAGGUAGACACACCUGUACUAACAACAUGAGCAUGCUAACAGCCUAUGAUGGACAGGUAGACACACCUGUACUAACAACAUGAGCAUGCUAACAGCCUAUGAUGGACAGGUAGACACACCUGUACUAACAACAUGAGCAUGCUAACAGCCUAUGAUGGACAGGUAGACACACCUGUACUAACACAUGAGCAUGCUAAACAGCCUAUGAUGGACGGUAGACACACCUGUGAGACUAAGCAACAUGAGCAUGCUAACAGCCUAUGAUGGACAGGUAGACACACCUGUACUAACAAACAUAGCAUGGCCUAACAGGCCUAUGAUGGGACAGGUAGACACACCUGUACUAACAACAUGAGCAUGCUAACAGCCUAUGAUGGACAGGGUAGACACACUGUACUAGCACAGAGCAUGCCUAACCGCCUAUGAGGACAGGUAGAGCACCCUGUACUAAACACUUAGCAUGCUACAGCCUAUGAUGGACCAGUAGACAACACUGUACUACCAACAUGAGCAUGUAACAGCCUAUGAUGACGGUAAUACCCACACCUGUCAACAACAUGGCCAUUUCUAACCGCCUAUGUGGACAGGUAACACACCUGUAACUCACAACAUGACAUGCUAACAAUCACUGACAUGGAAGCUAGACAGCACUGACCAUUCUCCCCCCAGGUGGGCCAGGCAGCGUACUCUGCGUCUAAAGGAGGCAUCGUAGGAAUGACUCUAACCCAUCGCUAGAGACCUGGCACCCAUGGGCAUCAGAGUGGUUACUAUAGCACCCGGUCGGUACACACACUGUUUACACACACACACACUGUAUACAGACAUACACACACACACACUGUUUACAGACAUAAGUACACUAAUACAGACAUACAUACAACUAUAUACGACACACACACAUUACCCUAUAUACAUGACCACCGUCAGCCUAUAUACAGACACACACAUACACUAUAUACAGUACACUAUAUACAAACAUACAGUACACUAUGAUACAAGACCUACAGUAACACUAUAUACAGACACCUAACAACUAUAUACAGUACACACUAUAUACAGCCACCCAGUACACUUAUCCAGACACACAGUACACUAUAUACAGACCCCAGUACACUAUAUCGACCCACAGUACCACUAUAUAACAGACACACGUACCUAUUCAGAGACCACAGUACACUAUAUACAGUCCACCAGUACCCUAGAUACAGCCACAGUACACUAUAUCAGUACACCGUACACAUAACAGACACCAGUACACUAUAUACAGUACAACUAUAUACAGACUACGUACACUAUAUAAAGACCACCAGUACACUUUACAGAAACCAUUAACACUAUAUACCGACCACACCAUACAUAACACUAUAUACGACCCCGUACACUAUAUACAGACCAGUACACUAUAAUACACACAGUACACUAUAUACGACCACAGUACACAUAUACAGACACACCGUACACUUAUCCGACAUACAUUACAACUAUUACAGACAUACCAUUAACACUAUAUACAGUACCUAUAUCAGACACACAAGUACACUAUUACAGACUACAGUCCACAUUACACUAUAAUACAGCCCAAACCGUACACUAUAUCCAGACCACACAUAACACAUAUAUACAGUACCACACAGUACCUAUAUCACAGACACACGUACACUAUAUACAGUCCACAGUAACUAUAUACAGACACACAGUACACUAUAACCGACACAGUACCACUAUAUACAAACACAGUACACUAUAUACGACAACACAGUAACCACCUUAUCAGACACAAACAGUAACACUAUAUACAGACCACAUAACAACUAUAUUACAGACACACAGUACACAUAUACAGUACACACAGUCAACUAUAUACAGACCCAGUACACUCUAUACUUACACACGACAGUACACUCAUAUACAGACACACAGCACACUAUUCAGUACAACUAUAUACAGACAUCCAGUACACUAUAUACGACACCACAGUAACAAACUAGAUACAGACACACAGUAACACUAUAUCAGACACAGCAGUACAACUAUAUACAGAACACAGUACACUAUAACAGUACACACUAUAUACAGACACCCAGUAACACUAUAACUACACACAGUACACUAUAUACAGACACAGUACUAUAUACAGACACACAGUACACUAUAUACAGUACACUAUAUACAGACACACAGUACACUAUAUACAGACACACAGUACACUAUAUACGGACCUACAGUACACUAUAUACAAAGACACAACAUACACUAUUACCGUACACUAUAUACGACACAGUACACUAUUACAGACACACAGUACACUAUAUACCGACCACAGUACUAUAUACGACACCAGUACACUAGAUACAGUAACACACAGUACAACUAUAUACCGACCACACACGGACACUAAUAUACAGUACACUAUAUCCAGCACACGUUACACUAAUAUUCAGACACACAUACACUAUAUACCAGACACACGUACACUAUAUAACACCACACGUACACUAUAUACAGACACACAGACCCUAGUCCGUACCUAUAUAGCGACACACAGUAAACUAUUACAACACCCAGUCACUAUAUAACAGACACUCAGUACACCUAUAAACCAGACCACACAGUACACUAUAUUCACUUAAAACAUAUACAACCACAGUACACAUAUACAGACACACAGUACACUAUAUACACCACAGUACAACUAUCUACGACACACAGUACCUAUAUACAGACACCAAGUACACUAUCUAAGUACACUAUAAUCACACACAUACAUAUAUUACAGUACCAACUCUUACAGACACACAGUACACUAUAUACAGACACAGUCAUAUAUACAGUACACUAUAUACAGACACACAGUACACUAUAUACAGACACACAGUACACUAUUCAGACACACAGUCACCUAUAUACAGUACACUAUUACCUACACUACAGUACACUUAUACAGACACAGUACACUAGAUAAAGACACACAUUACACUAUAAUACAUGACACACAGUAACACCUAUAUACAGUACACUAUAUACAGACAUACAGUACACUAUAUACAGAACACCCAGUACCUAUAUACAGCACCAGUAACACUAUAUACGACAACAGACACUAUAUACAGACACACAAGUACCACUAUAUACAGACACACCGUACAACUAGUAUACAGACACACAGUAACUAUCUACAGUACAUAUAUCCAGACACCAGUACACUAUAUACGACACACAGUACACUAUAUUACAAAACCACAGUCCACUAUAUACCAGACCGUAACUUUAUACAGACACACAGUACACUAUAUCAGUACACACUAAUACAGACACACAGCAAACUUACAGACACACAGUCCCCUAUAUACCAUACACAACAGUACACUAUAUACAGACCACAGUACACUAUAUACAGACACACAGUCACCCUUAUAGACACACAGUACACGAUAUACAGUACAACUAUUCGACACCUACUAAUAUACAGUCACCAAUAUAUACAGACCACAGCACGCAUAUAUUACAAGACACACAUACACUAUAAUACAGACACCCUACACUAUAUACAGAACACACAGUACACAUAAAUACAGUACCUAUAUACGACACAAUAAAACACUAUAUACAGACCCACGUACACUAUAUACAUUACAUAUAUAACGACACACCGCACACUAUUAUACAACACACAGUACCUAUAUACAGACACACAUACCCUAUCUACAGACCCCAUACACUAUAUACAAGACAUCACCGUACCCUAUAUACAGACACCCAGUACACAUAUACAGUACACUAUUACAGACUAUACAGACACAGAACAUUACACUAUAUCCAGUACCUUAUAUCCAUCACAAAUCACACAUAUACUACAAAGAUACAUACGAGUACACUAUAUACCGACACACAGUACACUAAACAGUACAACUAUAUACGAGACAUACAGUACACUAUAUAUUACACUAUAUCAGACAAACCAGUACACUAUAUCAGACACACAGUACACUAUAUACAUUACACUAUUACAGACACCGUACAACUAAUAUACAGACAUACAGUACACUAUAUACAGACACACAGUACACUAUAUACAGACACACAGUACACUAUAUACAGACACACAGUACACUAUAUACAGACACACAGUACACUAUAUACAGACACACAGUACACUAUAUACAGUACACUAUAUACAGACACACAGUACACUAUAUACAGACACACAGUACACUAUAUACAGACACACAGUACACUAUAUACAGAACACAGUACCUAUAUCAGUACACUAUAUACAGACCACGUACACUAUAUACAUCACUAAUCUAUACCAGACACCCAGUACCCUAUCUACAAGACACCCAGUACACUAUAUACAGACACAUCAGUACACUAAUAUACAGACACACACCGUACACUAAUAUAUAAGUACCACUAUAUACAGACACACAUACACGAUAUACAACACCAGUACACUAUUACAAGACACACAAGCAAAUAUCUACAGACACACAGUACACUAUAUCCAUAACGCACAGUAACACUAUAUACAUGACACAGUACUUAUACAAGACACACAUUACACUAUAUACAGACACACAGUACACUAUAUACAGACACACAGUACACUUUUCAGACAACAACACAGUACACUAUAUCAGACACAAAACAGUACAUCUAUAUACAGUACACUCUAUACAGACACACAUCACACUAUAUACAGACCCACAGUAACCUACACUAUAUACAGUACACUAUAUACAGAACACAACGAGCACCUAGUAUACAGACACACAGUCACUCUAUACAGUACAUCUAAACAGCAAACACAGUACACUUAAUAUACGACCCACAGUACACUAUAUACAGACACACAGUACACUAUAUACAGACAUACAGUACACUAUAUACAGACACACAGUACACUAUAUACAGACACACAGUACACUAUAUACAGACACACGAUACCUAUAUACAACACACAGUACACUAUAAAACAGUAAAUAUAGACUACACAACAUUAACACUAUAUACAGACACAACAGUACACUUUAAUACAGUACAACUAUAUACAGACACGACAGUAACAACUAUAUACAGUACACUAUAUACAGAACGCCAGGACCCUAUAUACAGCCACAACCGUACACUAUAUACGACACACAGUACACUAUAUAACAACACACAGUAAACACUAUAUACAUACAACUAUUACAGACACACAUACCCUAUAUACCUACAACACAGACCUCUAUAGACAGUACACAUAUCAAGUAAAAAACUAUAAUCAGACACACCGUACACUAUCUACAGUACCUAUAUACAUACCACAGUACACAUGACCUCCCACAGUACACCUAUAUCCAUAAACACUAUAUACCACGACACACAGUACACUAUAUACAGUUAACACUAUCUACAGCCACCAGUACACCUACUAUAUACAUACAUACAGUACACUAUAUGCCAGACACACAGUACAACUAUAUCUACACCUGUAACACUAUGAUACAGCCACACCAGUAACACUACUAUACAGACACACCGUAACAUCUCUCAGACACAAACCACAGUACACAUAAUACAGUAACCUAUAUACGAGUACGACAGCAGGUAGACACUAAUAUACAGACAUACAGUACACUAUUAAACAGACACACAGCAACACUAUAUACAUACACAACAGUACACUAUAAUCCAGACUCAGUACACUAUAUACAGACACACAGUACACUAUAUACAGACACACAGUACACUAUAUACAGACACACAGUACACUAUAUACAGACACACAGUACACUAUAAUAGCCACAGUACUAUUACAGACCCACAUACAUAUAUACAGACACAGUACUAUAUCAGACACACGUACACUAUAUAACAGUACACUAUAAUACAGACACAUUACUAGUAUACAUCAUCAUACCCUAUAUCCGUACACACUAUAUACGGACACAGUACUAAUAUAGACACCGUAACUAUAUACAUACCCACUAUAUACUACACAUCAACUUUUAUCGUACGACUUUAUACAACUUCUUUCCUUCUGUGUCUCUAAUUGAAAUUGAAACAAGCUUUAUUAGUAUUUAACGAGUAAGACGUUAACUCUAUCCCCCAGGUCUGUUUGCUACUCCUCUCCUGGCUGGUCUGCCUGAGAAGGUACGUUCACUCACACAGACACAGGACACAUGGUGUCCAGGGGUCAGACCGUACUAACCCCCCCCACCCCUCUCUCUCCGUACUAACCCCCCCCACACCUCUCUCCAUAGUAACCCCACACCUCUCUCCAUAGUAACCCCACACCUUUCUCUCCAUAGUAACCCCCCACCUCUCGCUCUAUACUAACCCCCCCACCCCCAUACUAACCCCCCCACACCUCUCUCUAUCCAGUCUAACCCCCACUCUCACCUCUCUCUUUCUCUCUCCCUCCCAGGUGCAGUCGUUCCUGGCCCGUCAGGUGCCUUUCCCGUCCCGCCUGGGAGACCCUGCGGAGUUUGCCCACCUGGUGACAUCACUGGCUGAGAACCCCAUGAUCAACGGAGAGGUCAUCAGGCUGGACGGAGGCAUCCGCAUGCAACCCUGA